AUGUUCAGCAGCAACAAGAUCAUCGCCGUGUGCAUCGCCGUCGUGGUGUUAUCCAGUGGCAUACACGCUGAGAAGGAAGUCGCCGAGACGUUUGGCCGUUAUCACAACCAUGGCUUGGGUGUGGGUGUUGGCGUCGGUGUCGGAUAUGGUGCGCCGAGUUAUGUCGGCUACGGCUACCCCGGUGUCGGCGGUGGAGUCGGCGUAGGUGUCAACGGCGGUGUCGGAUAUGGUGCGCCGAGUUAUGUCGGCUACGGCUACCCCGGUGUCGGCGGUGGAGUCGGCGUAGGUGUCAACGGCGGUGUCGGAUAUGGUGCGCCGAGUUAUGUCGGCUACGGCUACCCUGCGGGUGUCAACGGCGGUGUCGGAUAUGGUGCGCCGAGUUAUGUCGGCUACGGCUACCCUGCGGGUACGUCAACUGGCGGUACAGCAGGUGCGUCGACUGGUGGUGCAGCGGCUGCGUCGGCAAGCGCCACAGCAAGUGCCUCUGCGAACGCUGGGGCUGGAAAUGGAGCCACGUACCGCAAGCUUCGCUCGGCGGCGUAA